AUGACACUCAUUAAGUCUGGGCGCCUCCUCCACCAAUAUGUUGAUGUAUAUUCUGCGAUCGAGGAAGAUCGUCCUCGAUGGCAUAGGAACAAUCAAGACGUUCUAAGGGCUGAAUUAUACAGUAAUGUUUGCGAUGCAGUCGAAAAAGGUGACACGGAUGCAAGGACGGUUGGUAAGAGGUUUAUUCUACCACCGAGUUUUACUGGUGGGCCCCGUUAUUUGAUUGAGAAAUAUCAUGACGCAAUGGCAAUAUGCAGACAGUUUGGGAAUCCAGAUUUAUUCAUAACAAUGACGGCAAACCCAAAUUGGAAAGAGAUAAAAGACCAUCUAGCAGCAUACGGCGGUGAUAGCCCGAAUGAUAGACCAGAUAUUGAGUGCCGAGUUUUCAAAAUGAAACUAGACCAGCUGCUAGAUAAUUUUAAGAAGGGUACAUUCUUCGCCCCCUACACAGCAGAUAAUGCUUCUGUCAUCCCUCAUAACAUAGAAAUCCUGAAGAAGUAUGCAGCUCAUAUAAAUGUGGAAUGGUGCAAUAGGACAUCCGCUAUCAAGUACCUUUUCAAAUAUAUCUCAAAAGGAGUCGACAGGGCGACAAUUUUGAUUGAGAAAGGCCCCGACCCACCGAUGUCCGAGAAAGGAAUCGACCCCCAGACAUCCGAGAAAGGCAAAGAAAGGGUCAAGAAAGCAAGGAAUGAGAUAAAAGAAUAUCAAGACUGUCGAUACUUAUCCGCUUGCGAAUCCAUGUGGAGGACUUUCGCUUAUUCUAUACAUAAACGCCAACCAUCCGUCAUGAAGUUGGUAGUCCAUCUGGAAGGUGAACAUGAUAUCACUAUCAAAGAUACGGAUAACCUAGGAAGAGUUAUACAGAAGCCAGACAUUGAAAAGACUAUGUUUACCGAGUGGAUGGUUCUAUGCAGAACAUCCGCGUUCGCCCGCACCUUAACGUAUGUCCAGAUUCCUGAGUUCUUCACAUGGAACAAUAGCUCAAAAGUCUGGUCAGAGAGAAAGAGAGGAACUUCAAUUGGUCGGGUUGUUACAGUACAUCCCGCUUCAGGCGAUCAUUAUUAUUUGAGGAUACUGAUAAACAAAGUGAAGGGCCCAAGAAGUUACACAGAGCUUAAAACCUUCAACGGUGUCACAUAUCCCGAUUUCAAAAGCACCUGCUGCGCACGAGGUCUUCUCGCUAACGAUGCUGAAUGGCACGAAAGUAUGGUCGAACUCAACACAUGGGGUACACCUUCUCAGCUAAGAGAAAUGUUUGUCACGUUACUUAUCUACUGUCAUGUUGCUAACCCUAAGGAAUUGUGGGAUAAGUGCUGGAAAUCCCUGAGUGAGGACAUCCUUUACAAGAAACGUAAGGAAUUCAAACACCCGCAGCUAGAAAUAUAUGAUGCUAAGCUCGAGCAAUAUACAUUACUUGAACUCGAGAAGGCUUUGCGGAACCAAGAACACACCCUUACUGAUUUCCCAGGAAUGCAUACUCCUGAUCCUCUCCUACUUAAAGAGCUAGGUAAUACUUUGUGGCAACAAGAGCUACAGUAUAAUAUCGCCAAGGGGAAGAGUAGACAUGACACCCAGUACACCUUGCUCAACCAUGAACAAUUGGACGUCUAUCAAGCAAUUAUUGAGUCGACUCAGGAAGACUGUGGGAAGCUAUUUUUCGUCUACGGGGCUGGAGGCACAGGCAAAACAUUUUUAUACCAAACAAUCAUUUCAAGACUGCGGUCAGAGAAAAAGAUAGUCCUUCCUGUUGCUUCAUCUGGAAUAGCAGCCCUACUACUACCAGGCGGCAGGACUGCCCACUCACGUUUCAAUAUCCCAAUCGAUCUAAAGGCCACGUCCACCUGCCACAUUACACCUGGAACUAUGCUCGCAGAGUUAAUAGAAAAGGCAGCUCUAAUCAUAUGGGAUGAGGCACCUAUGACAGAUAGGCAUGCUUUCGAAGCCCUCGAUAAGUCCUUGAGAGACAUUCUUUCUUUACAUGAUCCCAAAGCCAGAACUCUCCUAUUCGGCGGAAAAACGGUUCUUCUUGGAGGUGAUUUUAGACAGAUCUUACCAGUCAUCCCACAAGGCACCAGAGCUGAUAUUGUCUCUGCCUCCAUAAGUCAUUCAUAUUUAUGGGAAUCAUGCCACAAAUUCACCCUCCAAAAGAAUAUCUGCCUCAGCGAAGAUGAGAAAGAGUUCUCCAACUACGUCCUGAGGGUUGGCGAUGGGAACCCCCUACCUACUGAGGUGAAUGAAUUUGAUGAAGAUGAAGAGGAUCAGCUCAUUUCUAUUGACCGAACGUUGGUCGAGGAGCUCAGCUCAGAUCCUCACAAACAAAUUCUAGAAGCUACUUACGGGCGAACUGACCAGUGGAAAGGAACCAAGCAAGACUAUACAGAAAGGGCUAUCCUCACACCAAGGAAUGAAACGGUGGAUGAGAUUAAUGAAUACAUGAUAUCUGAAGAUUGCGGUGUUUCAAAGGAAUAUCUCAGUUCCGAUAGCUUCGGUAUAAUAGACACUGACUCUGAGAACAACGAGACAUUGUACCCAGUGGAGUAUUUAAACUCAUUGAGCUUUCCAGGCUUGCCUGCACAUAAGCUUACUUUGAAAGUGGGUGCCCCUUUCAUGCUCCUAAGGAAUUUAAAUCAAAAGAAGGGGUUAUGCAACGGAACACGUCUGAUUGUCACUAACCUAGGUGAGCGUGUUAUUAGAGGUAAAAUAGUUACAGGCUCCCAUAUUGGACAUAAAGUGGACCUUCCAAGAAUCAUACCAUCAGAAUCAGUCCGCCCGCAAUAG